AUCCGCCCGCCUUGUCACCUGCGCCCCACCUCUCUAGUGCUGGUGACGGCAUGCGAUUCGGCGCUCCCAGGCGUCUCUAAUACCCGGGCCGACAUCACAAUCUACUGCGACCGGCAUCCAGAACGAGCCUACAUCGAGAAAGCACUAUGGCCAACAGCACAGAUUUGAGCCACACCAGUUUCAAAGAUCUACUUCUGCCACACUCCCAAACAAGGCAGGAAACCGGCCAGGCUCAGCCGGAGUCUUCGUCUUCUGAAUCUCUCAUACGCGAGCCGCCGAUACCGAAUCUGUCCAAACUCCUUAGGAGCAAAGGUCGCGAAUGGGAGGCCAUGAAAGCAAGGCCUAGGCCGCUUCAGCUUCUUGACCUCCCAGUUGACAUAUUGAGGCUCAUAGUGAAGGAGGUCACCCACACCAAUGAUCUUACUUCCUUGGCCCUGACAAAUUCCACGCUCUAUUACCUUGCCGUGCCCCACAUCUACGCUCGCUUCGACAUAGUCUGGCCCGACGACACGGUUACCCAAUCCGACAGCAAAAAUGUCGACGCGCUGACCUAUGGACUGGCUACCUUAUGCUUGGGAAGUAAAUUUGCCCAGAGGACGAGAUGGUUGCGCGGGAGCUCUCUGGGGAAUUCGCGGCCUUCCGGUCGGCUCAUCGACAACCAAUACGCAAAGUACACCCGUAAAUUCUCGCUGGGGAACGGCCCCAAGGACUGGACAUCGGAGUACAUGGUCACGAAGGAGAGCGGGAAGAUGCUAGGUACAUUGGUAGCGAUAGCUGUUGGUAAGAUGGUCAACCUGGAAACGUUUGUGUGGGACAUGCCGACCGGGGUUCUGUCCGAGGUCUUCAUGGCACUCGCCUCUCUCCAGGAUCCUUACCCGGAAGGCGAGGCCAAGCUUGAGAAGGUCUGGGUUCGUUGGCACGACAACUCGGAAAUAUCAGACGCGUCGUCGUCCAUCUCGAGUCCGAUACAGCCGCCUCCACCCCCACCACUAGCCGUCCCGCCCCCCGGGAGCACCGUAACCCCCAUCGGCAACUCGCUCCCGCACGAUUUUCAUCCGGUAACGACGCAGCCGAUCAGGUACUCCGAGAGCCGCGUCGAGUAUCCGACCUUCAGCGUCCUACCACCAUUGAAGAGCUUGACUGUGCUAGAUAUCGACGAGCUGGCCUACCUCGACGAGAUGGCAGUGCUCAUCGAGCGGUCGAGAGCUAGCCUCCGGGAACUUCGAAUCGGGAUUUCACAGAAGGCGCGCACAGCUGAUUUCGCGCAAACUUGGGAUAGCCAUACGUUGCAGCAGGUUGACCAUGCUGCCCGCUGGCCGGGCGAAAGCCUUAUAGGCGAGAGGAGACUGGGAGGGGUGCUAGGAGUGCUGGUCGGCAGAAUAUACGACAUACGGAGGAAAUCCGCUGUGAAGACACCGGAAAAGGAGCCAGGGUCGAAUUCUACUUCGCAGUUUCAUGGAGUUGAGGAAUUCGGCUCGGCAAGUUCUAACGCCGUAGCUCCGUCGUCAUCACCGCUGGAGCCCGCGGAUGUCGGGAUACCGGGCCAAGCAUACGUGCAAAAUCGGCGUCAGACUAAUUCCGUAGCGAUCUCCUAUCAGGCCAGCAACGGAUCCCGCGUCGAGAGGACACGGCUCGAUGGGAAAUUGCAGCUCGAGACGCUCGAGCUGGAAAGGGUGCCGCUUUCGCUACAAGUUUGUACGAGGGCCGUGGACUGGAGCCUCCUGACAAAUCUCACGAUCCUGGAUUGCAUGUACCUUGAAAACCUGUGGAAGGCCCUUAAAAGACAGUUCCACCCUACGGCUCCGGCCCACGGCGCGCCUCCUGGAACGGCAACCCAGUACCAUCUAGCAUUGAAAUACAUCCAUACUGAUACCACAUCCAAUACGCUCAUUAGCUUUAUUAAGGAGACCCUGGCGCCGAAUAGUCUACAGGUGCUCUUUCUGCAAGACAGGCGGCGCGCAGGUGUCCCCCCGGUCAAAAUCGACCAGAUAUUCAAAGGUGCGAUAAAACGACACCGGUCGAGCCUGAGGAAGCUCCUCCUGGACAGCUCGGAUGAGACGGGAGAUACCCGUCGUUGGAUGAACUGGGUACUAAGUCCCGACAUGAUCACCUACUUGACUAGCGGAAGAAUGUCGAAUCUGCGGGAACUCUCUGCUGCGUUUGACUAUAAGGAUUGGCAUCCGUUCCUCCAGCGGCUUCCGGGCAUAUCGCAACUUCGAUCCCUGCACAUCUCGUACAUGCUGGAUCAUAUCGCGGGCAACUUCGAACCGAAAGAGCUUGCGCUGCAGCUUGUCGACAUCAUCACGCUGCGGACGGAUAUACAGCUCUGCUAUGUGGGCAUAGGAACCAAAUGCUUCGAGAUAUUAGAGACGCGACCGAGCGAUGCCGGCCACGGCGCGUCUGAUGUCGGGCUGAGCGGGCACCAAGACGGAAACGGGGCGAUCCACGAGAUCGAUACGGACGACGGCAACGAGGAGGGCAGCAGUGAGACUGACGAGGAGACGGAAGAUGAUGACGAUGACGAUGACGAUGCGAACGAUGACAACACUAACGCGAGUCCCACCGAGGCUGAUGACGAUUUCACCGACGCAUCGGAUGACGCUGAGUCUGAGACGGACUCGUUCCAAGGUGACCCGGCUGGGUCAGCCGCACGGCUCCGGUUACGUGAGAUCUUGUUUUACGAUGACAAAGUUGCGAUAUUCAAGGCGAGGCACGGCAGGCUAUGAGGGGUGGGGAUGGGAGGGGAGGAUGUAU